CUCUAAUUUCAGUGCGGUUUGUUUGCAGAUAUUUUUUUAUUUAAUAGACCAGAAAGUGAGUGUAUUUUACCAGAUUAAGUAAUCUAAGUGUUAACUUAAAGAAAAUGUUCAAUUGAAAAAAAUAUUUCCGAGAGUCGAGAGAGCAGAUUGAAGUCGUCAUACGCAAGUCUGCUUUGAUUCAAGAUGGCCGUCACAAGCAACUCGAAGGAGGGAACAGCGCUCGGGUUUUCUCUGCAUCUUCGAGCCGAAGAGGCGAUAGCUAAGUUCGAAAAAGAAAUCAAGGAUGACUUUAACUACCUACAUGAGAUAUUAUCUGAAGCAAAACAACAUUUUGGCCGGUAAGACUUUAAAUAGCCUCUAAGAGCUUAAUCUGAAGCUUGACUUAUUUUCGUGAACUGCAUAAUAUAAUCAUAUCAUUGUUGUUUGGAACUAGUUACUUUUUCCAGCUCAGAUAAAUCUACUGGCUGUGUGGGUAUUGAUAUUUAAGGUCUGAUAUUAUGUAAAAGUUUGAGAGCCAUGUCUUGUGAGUUUGGGAACAUCACAAGGCUUGCUUUGUGAAUAAGCAUGCUUAGCUUUGUUUCUGGGAGGUUUUUAGCAUGCAGCUAGUUUAUAAAUCUGGGUAGAGCUACUUUUCUCACAUUAUAACUCUCAAACUUGAAGUAAAUAACAUGUACCGGUGUUAGUAUACCCAGUUGUUCUUGUAGGUGUCAGACAUUUUGUGUUUUCCUUAGGCGUGACAGCAACAUUCUUCUUCCCAAAACACCCUCAAUGAAAAGGAAACGUCAGGAGAGUGAUGAAGAACAAAGUAGCGAUGACAGUUUGUUCAAAAUGACAAGAGAAAUGAAGGCCCCUAAAACACAAGGUUAUGCAUCACCACUGACAGUAAUAAAUGAGGAUGAGCCUCUUGAUUAUAGCACUGUUACAGAAGAAGAUACCAAACAAGUUAGUGACAAGAGACAAACACGAGCUACAAGGGCAGGGACUCAGACUAAACGACAGCAGCCAAAGCGAGGAUCGCAGAAAAAGAUGCCAGUGGCAAAUGAAGAGCAGACAGAUUCAUCCUCGAUGGAUGAAAAGCCAAGAAGGAUCACUCGAAAUGCAAGAAAGAAAAUAGAAGAAAAUGAAACUUUAUCCUCCAAUGAAGAGAACAAGAUACCCAAACGAUCUACAAGAAAUACCAGGAAAAAACUCAAGGAUUCUGCAGAGAUUUCAUCAACGGAAGAACAACUGCCGCAACCUAUAAUGGAGGAAAGCACUUCAAGUGCAACUAAAAAUUUAAAGGAAUCGGGAGAAGUUGUGCCUGAAGUUAUUGUGAAACAGGAACCUGUGUCACCUGUCGAAGAAACACAGCCACUAAGAAGGAGUACAAGAAACUCAAAUUCAGGCCAAGAAGGUGCAAAAGAACUUACUGUCCCAGUACCUGAGACUCCUGAUCUACCUGCUGACGCAGAAAAAUCUCCUCCUGCAUCAGCUAAGACCUGCAAAGCAACUGUCCAUUUAGUGCUACAAUCACCAGGGUUUAAUUUUGGAAAUGGAGCAAACCCUGUAGUCGCCUCAAGUCCCUGUGUUGAGCAAGCUCAUCAUGCCGGUGAUGUUACAGGUGAUGAUAUUGUGCAAUCUGAAAAGAAAGAUACAACAAACGGUAAUAAUGUUGUGACUGAGUCUUCACUGUUACCAACCACACCCUUGGAGUCAUUAGACAGUUGCAAAAAAGAAAUACUCAAGUCUGAAAAUAAGAGUGACCCUGGUUAUACUGGGAAGAAAAAUCAUAUUGAGAGUGUAAUCGACCAUGGACAAAACUCUGCUGCAACAGAGAAGAUUGUCGCUGAAACAAGACAAACAGAUGAUGUCAAUAAGACAUACGAAACUGGAAUGAAGUCUGGAAGAAGAAGUACACGAAGAAACAGUGGAUGGCGGUGGAAGAGCAGGUGCUCCAGUCUCUGUAUGUCUCCAGGAGACAGACAGCAAGCAGUCAAGAAGAGCAAGGCAAAAGCACCAGGAAAGAGGAGUCUCGUCAAAAGCUCUGUUAAGCUUAAGCUGACACAAUCCAAGCUCAUGCCAGAGUUGAAUUUGAAUGGUUCUGUUCAAAGCAAUGCUGAAGAACCAUUAGAGCCUGAUCUGGAAGGUGUUAGAGUGAGGCUGUUUGAUAAUUUGGCAAGUGAGAGUAGUACCUCCAGUGAAUGUUCAGCUGGAUCUCCUAGUAGUUGUAGUAGUGCUGAGGACAAGGCUGAUGCUGCGAUGGAAAAGUUGGUGGAAGAACCUGAUGACGGUGACGUUGCAGAAGUGUUUCAUGACUGUAGAGCAACUGAGAUUCAUGAUGAUGAUGAAGCUAAGAGUGAACAGAAUGCAAAGACUGACAGGUAUGCACCUUAGCCUAGUCAUGUCUGGUACAUGUAGCCCAAGGCUAGUGGGUUUUGCCUUAUGGGCAAGUGCUCACUUUUGGGGAAAUUCAAAUUACAUACUAGGUACUUUAAGGCAAAUUGAAAAUUCACAUGGACUGAAAGCCAUUUUUCAAACUGAUCUAACAAAGUUUAAUCUGCAAAAACAAGUAUCACAUUACAUUUUAUGUAAGACUACAUGUAGAUGUUGUGUGACCCACGUAAUCUUCAGGUAAAAACUAUUUAAAAAAGGACACACCAGGAGAGUGUUGCAUAACAGAGAGCAAGGGACCAGAGCAAUAGAGAACAAAAAUGUACUUGUGAAGAGACUUAGAAAUUUGAACACAUAAGUGUUAGUAAGAGUGAAGGCCUAAGGUAGCAUCAGGGGAUGGAAUCUAUUGCUGACCUGACCCACAAAGAGUGAGAACUACAUGCCAAUUGGGUUUAAUUUUUUAUAUAGUGUUACUUAUUUGUUAUUCAUUUUUUGAUGAGUAUUUUUUUAAUAUUCUGUGGUGUUCUGACAUGGUCAUGUGUUGUAGUUUCCCUGUUUUAGGGAGUGUUUACGUGAGAAAACUCGUACUGGUGUGAGUUUCACACUGGGAUUCACUUUUUGAUUUUGUAUUGCAUUUCAUAUCUCGUUAUUUGAAGUGAGCACUUCAUGUUGAUAAAAUACACGUGUGCCAUUCAAAAUUGCAAACAUUACGCAUGCACUUCCCGUUCCAGUUUACCGGGAGACCGAUUCCACUCCAAAACGGGUGUUUGUUUCGCAUUUACAUGAUACAUUGCGAGAUUUUGUACUGGAGUGAAUUUCUUGCCCCGGUACAACAACCGGGGUGACUCGCGGCGGCAUGUCAUUUUGUGGUGGUAUCAUGUAAACAAAUGUAGAGCCAUGAGAGGGAACCAGAGUGAUCUUGCGCGAAUGCGAAAGUUGCCCCGGUGUCAUGUAAACACCCCUUAGUACAUACCCUGGUGGGGAGGUGAAUAGUAGGAGAUAUAUACUGGACGCAAAGCAUAAGAUGCAUAUCUAGCACUAUGCUCCAACCCACAUUUUAUAACUACCUACAGUCAGGAGUGAAUGAGUUACAUUGAUUUUAUCCAUUGAAACAGUGAUGAGUUACCAGCUGAGGAGAACUUCACAUCACCAGUAGCAAGUCAUGAUACCAGUGGAAGUGAAGGCUCAGAAGCUGCAUCAGGAGGAAUGAGUGAAGAAUUCAAGACACCUCCACAAGAGAAACAAGAAGCUGUGAACAAUCCCCCACAGAAGGUAAGAGAGAUCUGUAUUCAUAAUUUGCAUAGUGAUAUCAGGGCCACCCUGACAGCAGACAAAGACUGCAUGGAAUCAAGUAAGAUCUUUGUUGUGGAGAUAGUUUUGAACAUAGGCUUUCAGUUAUGACCAUCAGUUUAUCAAUAAAUACAGUCGACUCUCUCUUAAGGACACCUCUGUAAAACGGACACUUAGAGUUGGUCCCUGCCUUUCUUUACUCCUUUUAUUUGACUCUCUAUAAGACGGACACCUCUCUGAGACGGACAGUUCAUGCCGGUCCCAAAGGUGUCCAUCUUAGAGAGAGUUGACUGUAGAUGCUUACACUGAAAAAAAUAACAUUUUGAGAAGAGAGAGCAAGAUUACUAGCCCAUAUGUUUUAGCUGUGGCAACCUCAAAGGUUUGCCGUGAUUCAGGCAGAGUCUCCUUUUAUUUCUCCUCACCUGAGAAGACAAACGAAGGCUCUGUUCAAAAGGUGUAUCAGGGCACGUUCAUUGUGAACUACAAGUCCUCUGGGACUAGUUGCACAGAACCUUGAAGCAAGGCUCAUUUAAAUGGGUUUAACAUUUUCCCAUGAUUCUUCUUUCAAAAACUGUGUGAUGAAUGUGGAAGCGAAAUAAAGGUUAAAAUAAAUUAGAAUUUAAUGGCCCUUCAUAAACUCAUCAACAAUAAAUGGGGUUAGGUGUGGGUGCCCUAAAGGAUGGUAAUGCCAAGCAAGCACAUAAGAGAUAAGCAUAAUGUAUCCAUGGCAACUAGCAAACAGCGACUACCACCAGCACUGUCCCACUGGCCAAAUAGAUCAAUGGAAAUAAAACAUAGUACAGAGGGAGCGAGGGGCAGGGCAGAAAUCAGCAAAGGGUGACUUAGAUGCAAAACGUGCUUCAGGGGUUAUAUGUUUCUGGUUUAACUUAAUUAAAUUACAUUUGGCCAUGUUCAUUGCUGAUUGCUUAUUACGAACAAGUAUAUUGCACAAAUAUCGAUAAAAAAACCUGAUCUCUGGUGUAAAAAUAAGAUGAUUAAUUCUAUGAAUGACAUCUUGUUUUUCUGUUGACAGCAGGCCAAACCAAACAAUAUUGCCCUUGUGCAUUCAUUUAUUAGAAGAAACACUCCAAAGAAAGUAGAUCCAGAGGUUUGUAGCUAUUCUUUUCUUGUUUACUUAAGGCAGGCAAGGUGUACCAGAGGCAUGGCUUGAAUAAAGUCCUGUCCAGUAGUCCGGGACUAGUAGAUUUUCUUCAUGGGUAGGAAACUUUUAAAACUUACUUACCCAAUGGGUAAGAGUCCUGGAGAGUCAUCCUCAAACAAAAUCAUGAACUUACGGCGCUUUUCAUAUGACCGAACUCACCAACCAGACCAUUCUUAUCACAACAAUGAUUUCCCUUUUAAUCAAAACUAUCCAGCCAGAUCAGUCAAAUCUUAAAUAGUAUGCACGAAGGAGAUGGUUUUUCAGAAAAAACUCUUGGAAAAACCCUUUUUCAUUUUCAAACUGACUGGUCGGGCAAUGGCCUGGCCAGCCAUUUCUGGUAAAUGGAAAGCGCCCUUAGAUGAGCAAGGAAUGGCCCUGAGCAAGAAAAAUGUAAGAGCUGCUUGCCCAAAGUACAAGCCGGAAUUCAAGAUUUUUUCAGCCCUGCAGAGGACAUAAAAAUUUAAUAUCGUUGCAAAGUCAGUGGUAGAGUCUCUGUAAGGUAGUUCUAACUUUUGAGGCUGUGAACAAAAUCAUCAUAUGCUGCGACCAUUCACAUGAAACCUUCAUUGCUUGGUAGUACUUUCACCUAGUAGUACAGUGGAAUCCCAUUAAUACGGUCACCAAUGGGUCAAGUAAUACUAGAAGAGCUUUAAGGGAAUCAUUUGCAGUCAACUGCACAAAAAAUUCAAUCCACAGGAUAUAACGGGAAUUAUAAUUCUUGGAUUUAUUGUAGUUAUAAAGUAGUUCUUGAGUUCUAAACGACGUUCACCAAAAUGCAGCUGCAGACGGAUUGGUAUCUACAGCGUUCAUAACUCCAUUCAUCCCCCCAAAGAACUAAAAACUUGGCUGUAGCUCCCCCUCUUCUCAUUCUCUUUCCUGUGCAGUAAUGAUGGUUGCACAGACUACCCAACCUGGAGCCUCAACUUUUCAAAUGUUUUGAUUUGAAAUUUCCAAACAAUGCAUUUGAAAUUCAGGACUUCGCCUUUCAACUGAAAGCUUAUCGUUCCUCCAUCGUUCUAUUUUGUAAUAUUUUUUUCCUCAGGAAAAGCACAAGCAACUGCGUAUUGCAUUAAAAGAGAAGGAGGUGAAGGAAAAAGAGAGGCGGGAACAAAUUGAAAAGCAGAAACAACGUGAAAUUGAGGAGCGAAAGAGGUGAGCCGAGUUUGAAGCAUUUAUUUAAUUUUUUUGGGUUCAUUUUUAUCGCCUGCGAGAUAAAAUCUUUUAGUAUUUACCAAAUCAGUGAAUAGCAAUUUUCGCGCGUGUUGAUUGGAUCCCGUAAGUCGGAAUGUCUUGGCUAUUCACUGUUUUGCGACCGGAGCCAAGAUGGCGUCUCGUUUCGAGACAUUUUCGGAAGACAAAAUUUGUGCGAUAAAUGGAGCAGUCGUACAAAAAAUACCAAGAAAGGGACGAACUUUUGCUUCUCGGUGUUCACUGAUAGGUAGAAAAUUAUUUUCAGGCUGAAUUUGCAACAAAAACGUAAAAUGCACUUGACAAAAUCCCCCGAAAUGUUUGAAAAUUGGAAACAAAGUUCCUACUAAGUGACCUUUUUAAUUUACAAAAGGUUACUUUUUUUCAGUCUUGUUAUAUAUCUACCACUAUUCACCUCCCCUACGGGGAAUAGUUGUAUACUAUUGUGACACGCUCAUUUGCCGUAUGAAGAAAUUCGGCACUUCCCUGUACAUUUCAGGAUUGUGAUUGGCCGGCAACUGGUAGAGAAAUGCAAAGCGCCAUGUAAAACAGUUUCGUUCGAUGUAGAAAUAAUCCUAAGAAAUACUUACUUAUAACCAUGAAGCUGUUGACCGAAAUGCGUAAAAGAAAAAGAAAAAUAUGUUGAUGUCCAUAUCUUUGACACAGGCUAUGAUUUGUUAGCAGUCAGUCGAAACUUUUUUUUUCUCCUCUUUGUAACUUCAGGAGAAGAGAGGAGCGAGCUAAGAAAGCGGCAGAACAAAGAGCUGCUAAGCUUCAAGCGCUCGAGGAGAAGAAACGGCAAGCUGAAGACCAGCGACACCUUAACGAGGAAAAAGCCAAGAAAAUUAAAGAGAAAGAAGACGAGGAGAAAAAGAAGCAAAGACUUCAGAAAAGAGCUGAGCUGGAAGCGAGAAGAAAGCAAGAGGAGGCUGCUAGACAACUGCGCAAGAGAGAACAGGAAGAGGAAGAAAAGCGCCAACGGGAAGCUAUUCAAAGGAAACAGGAGUUAGAAGAGCAGGAAAGGCAGAGGAAAAUUGCUGAGGCAAAACGUCUCCAAGAACACAGAGAGAAAGAGUUAGAAAGGGAGAGAGAGCUGGACAAACAGAGGAAGCUAAGGGCGAUUGAAGAGAAAGAGAAACGGCUGCGAGAAAAGGAAGAAAAGGAGAGAAAAUCGCGGGAAGAAAAAUUGAGAAUUGAGCGAGAGAGGGAAGAGAAGGAACGGGCACGAAUUGCGCAGCUUAUCCGGGAGAAGGAAGAGGCCGUAAGACGCGAGAGAGAACAGCGAGCCAAAGAAGAGAAAGAACGGCAGGAAAGAGAAAAAAGGCUCAGAGAAGAACGUGAUGCAGCACUACGCGAAAAGAAGCGCCUGGAGGAAAGGGAGAGAGAAAGAUUACGUAUUCUCGAGGAACGAAAAUUAGACGAAAACCAAUCAUCGUGCGACUCUUACGACAUGACGCCCCCUCCGGUAAAGGUAAAACGCCAGCCAUCAUCGCAAGAGAACUACAACAUCGAAGACUUAAACAGCGACGAUUCCACUGACGAGGAAGAUAACCCGAGGAAAAAAAUCCCAGCUUGGGCGAGACCACCUGCUCUCACGGCCGCCAUCUUUAAGCAGGAAUACUCGAACAUUGACGUGAACAGUAUAUUCGACAGCGUUCCUGCGCCGAACUUGGAGGAAAUUUUUACGAAGAAAAAGCAGCGAUACCUUCAUCGCACAAGUUCUGCGAUUUGGAAUUCACCGCCUCUACGGCCAGUGAAAAAAGGAACGUUAGUCUAG